UUUUACCUCCCCAUGCCGUCACAGUGUGUGUCAACACGCUUUCUUCUGACACUUAACGGCAUCAAGACCAAACCAAGGAGUAUAUUCAGCGAAACACAAGAGGUUUGCAAUGGUGCAAUGUCUGGUGUUCACACUGCUCUGGGUCUGUGCUGUGGCACUGCAUUCCCUUGGGGGUACAGAGAGAGUAUCUCAAACGACUGAGCCAAGUGUCUCUAGGAACACAAACCCGACGGCUGAGACAGUUACUUUAGGACCAGUUGAGACCCAAAGCCCUGAUACACACACAGACGAGAGCAUAGAAGAAGAACAAGAACCACUUCCCUCAGACCCCUGUCAGGAUGAUGAGAUGGAUAAGAGUGUGUACCAGAGGGAUUCUCAUGGUGUUAUGCAGCUGGUUCAGGGAGAGGAACCCCAAAACACUUGCAACCUAUCAGACACUCUAGGUGAACAGGCCCACUGUCUUAUCUACCCUACCAAUCAACUCAACUGCUCCUGGGAUUUCCAUGGUCUCCCUAACGACAGCCAAUCCUACGCCGCCGUCUCUGUGUGUAAGAAAACUGAGAGAAUCUCCAGUGUGGACUGUGUCACUGAGGCCAUAGGAGGCCAAGGAGCCCAGGGAGGGACUGGAAAGGCUGACCGUGUGGUUGGAAAUGUGUCUGCUGGGUGCCAAGGCAGUGUGGACAACAGCGCCACCUCUGUGAUCCUGACUUUCAACGUGUCAUGCUCUGACGUGUGGGGCAUCUACACCCAUAAAUACCAGACCAAAGAUAUUGAGGUGCUGCGCCCGCCCCCCGACAUCAACCCAGCCUGGGUCAGAGAGGGGGUUCUGCUGGUGCAGUGGGGUCUCCCAUCCAGCCGGUCACGCAACAGUUCCAGCUGCUUCCACUACCAGCUACAGAUCAAUGGCCAGGUGAGGGACUUUAAGGAUGGACUGACAUACAAUGAGACCAACUUAGACCCCACACAUUCAUACGAUGUGAAGAUGAGGGUGAGGAAGAAUAGUAUAUGCAGAGGAUCUCAACACUGGAGCAGCUGGAGCAACACCACCAAGGUGGCCCCGUUUGAAUUUCCCAAUCAGCUGAACUCUCUGGUGGUCGUUGGCAUCGCUCUGGGAAUACCCAUGAUCCUCCUGUCUCUGCUGCUGCUGAUUCGACUCCAGAGGGAACGUCUGUUUCCCCACAUCCCUGGUCCCCCACUGAAGAUUAAACACCUCUUGGAGGGAGACGACCAGUUUCAGUUUGUCCCUCAGGCCCUGCAGUCCAAAUUUGUUGAGGAGAUCACAGUGGUGGAGGAAGCUAAGGAAACACCUGUGAAUUUGGCCAGUUAAACAAGAUGGCCUGUUUAAAGCCCAAUCAUCCUAAUCCCCGAGACUGUGGAAGGGCCGAUCUGUAAGGAGGAUCCCCUUAGCAGAUGCAGUCAUUACCAUUUGUUAAUACCUAUCCAAUCCUUUCAAGAGUGGAUGCUACUUAUUGACAUGCAUUGUUCUUACAUGCUUAUUAGUGUCUACUCAAUGAAUUGUUCUAAUGUGCUCAGCUUCUACCAUUGUUGUAGUUCUCAAGACCGAGACCAGUCCAGUCUUGAGACCACAUAUUGGUCUUGUCUUGGUGUCAGCUACAUUCGUACUCGGUCUUGACUCGGUCUCAGACAGUGAGGACUCGUAAUUUCUUCUCUAGACCAGCAGAGUAAAAACACUCAAACACAUACACUCCUUUCUUGAAACAUGAUCUUAACAACCUUUAUCUAUUAUAGACAUGCUUACGCAGUGGUGAACCUAUAGAACUUCAGUGUGUGACAGGUUAGUACAGUGGUGAACCUAUAGGACUUCAGUGUGUGACAGGUUAGUACAGUGGUGAACCUAUAUGACUUCAGUGUGUGACAGGUUAGUACAGUGGUGAACCUAUAGGACUUCAGUGUGUGACAGGUUAGUACAGUGGUGAACCUAUAGGACUUCAGUGUGUGACAGGUUAGUACAGUGGUGAACCUAUAGGACUUCAGUGUGUGACAGGUUAGUACAGUGGUGAACCUAUAGGCCUUCAGUGUGUGACAGGUUAGUACAGUGGUGAACCUAUAGGACUUCAGUGUGUGACAGGUUAGUACAGUGGCGAACCUAUAGGCCUUCAAUGUGUGACAGGUUAGUACAGUGGUGAACCUAUAGGCCUUCAGUGUGUGACAGGUUAGUACAGUGGUGAAACUAUAGGACUUCAGUGUGUGACAGGUUAGUACAGUGGUGAACCUAUAGGUCUUCAGUGUGUGACAGGUUAGUACAGUGGUGAACCUAUAGGCCUUCAGUGUGUGACAGGUUGGUACAGUGGUGAACCUAUAGGUCUUCAGUGUGUGACAGGUUAGUACAGUGGUGAACCUAUAGGACUUCAGUGUGUGACAGGUUAGUACAGUGGUGAACCUAUAUGACUUCAGUGUGUGACAGGUUAGUACAGUGGUGAACCUAUAGGACUUCAGUGUGUGACAGGUUAGUACAGUGGUGAACCUAUAGGACUUCAGUGUGUGACAGGUUAGUACAGUGGUGAACCUAUAGGACUUCAGUGUGUGACAGGUUAGUACAGUGGUGAACCUAUAGGCCUUCAGUGUGUGACAGGUUAGUACAGUGGUGAACCUAUAGGACUUCAGUGUGUGACAGGUUAGUACAGUGGCGAACCUAUAGGCCUUCAAUGUGUGACAGGUUAGUACAGUGGUGAACCUAUAGGCCUUCAGUGUGUGACAGGUUAGUACAGUGGUGAAACUAUAGGACUUCAGUGUGUGACAGGUUAGUACAGUGGUGAACCUAUAGGUCUUCAGUGUGUGACAGGUUAGUACAGUGGUGAACCUAUAGGCCUUCAGUGUGUGACAGGUUAGUACAGUGGUGAACCUAUAGGUCUUCAGUGUGUGACAGGUUAGUACAGUGGUGAACCUAUAGGACUUCAGUGUGUAACAGGUUAGUACAGUGGUGAAACUAUAGAACUUCAGUGUGUGACAGGUUAGUACAGUGGUGAACCUAUAGGACUUCAGUGUGUGACAGGUUAGUACAGUGGUGAACCUAUAGGACUUCAGUGUGUGACAGGUUAGUACAGUGGUGAACCUAUAGGCCUUCAGUGUGUGACAGGUUGGUACAGUGGUGAACCUAUAGGACUUCAGUGUGUGACAGGUUAGUACAGUGGUGAACCUAUAGGACUUCAGUGUGUGACAGGUUAGUACAGUGGUGAACCUAUAGGACUUCAGUGUGUGACAGGUUAGUACAGUGGUGAACCUAUAGGACUUCAGUGUGUGACAGGUUAGUACAGUGGUGAACCUAUAGGCCUUCAGUGUGUGACAGGUUGGUACAGUGGUGAACCUAUAGGUCUUCAGUGUGUGACAGGUUAGUACAGUGGUGAACCUAUAGGCCUUCAGUGUGUGACAGGUUAGUACAGUGGUGAACCUAUAGGACUUCAGUGUGUGACAGGUUGGUGAUUCUGAAAGGACAGCAACCGUAAUACCAGACACUCAUGUAGGAGAGUGCACUUUUUGUAAAACACAAAGGGACAGUGGUGUAGUGGAGUAUACGCAGGUAUUUUUUCAGUGGGCAUUGCCUAUACUCACUUAAUCCUAUUGAUGCGUAUCAAAGUAGUGUAGUGGAGGCAGUGGCGACCCGUCAUUAAGGGCAGUUCUUCAGUCCCACCUGUUUUGCAUGUUAUUUUGUCAUUAAUGUGUGUCACAUAUCAGUUUGAAAAAAAUUUUGAGUUAAUAAAGCUUCAUACAAACAUGG